AUGACCCAAGGUUGCUACACCUGUCGACGACGUCGCAUUAUCUGCGACAAUGGCCAGCCCACUUGCCGCAAGUGCCGGGACGCCGGAAAAGAAUGCCUGGGGUACCAGAAACCGUUGGUCUGGGUGAAAGGAGGUGUGGCCAGCCGGGGAAAGAUGAUGGGUCGCAGCUUUGAUGACCCGGAGAAAUCACCCACAAAACCUAAGCGCCAGGUAGCUCCUGCAAACGAAGAUCCAGCUCCGACCGGUAGUGGGUUUGGGUUUUUCUCCAUUACCGAGUCCCAGACUCCCUCCGAUGCCGACUCACAUAGCUCAGGGACUCAGCCUAGCCCUGAAACUGAAGGAUGGGCCUUUGAGACGGACAAUACCAUUGCUGGGACUGAGGUCGGACAGGUGGAACUCGACUCCCAUGAGAACCACGACACGGCACUCAUGCAUAUCCCGCGAAGUGCCCCUCCCGCUGACUAUGUUCCAACACCAUGGGGGCUGGUAGACCCGCUUCUCAAAGACCUCAGCCAGUUCUCUAGGUACUAUGUGCAUCACUACAAUCAAUAUAUGGUGAACGAUUUCGCACUCUACUCCCAGCACAAGAAUCCUUUCCGGGAUCUUACAGCACUGGUCAACCAUUCCCCGGUUCUCGCCCACAGUAUCACAGCUCUUGGGGCAUUGCAUUACUCUUUGCUCUCAGAAUCCGACUCAUCCCUCCUGCCUUGGUCCUCUGGAAAUCUGGCAACGGCCGAUUCGAACUUGUCAGUUGAAGAGAUUGAGGACAUUGUCGCACCAGCAGGGUCUAGGAAGCCGCUUUCACAAGCAUACCGACAUUUCCUAGAGUUCAAGCAGCGCGCUCUUCGCCAACUAUCCAUGGAUCUCCAAAGUCCGGAAAUGCAAAAAGACGGCAGAACACUAGCGGCUAUCGUCUUGCUCGCAUUCUUGGACAUUAUCGAAUCCGGCAGUGGGGCAUGGAGCUAUCAUAUCGAAGGCGCAAAGAAACUCCUCAAAGACCGGCCUGAAACUGGCCUCGGCCAGGGAAUCCUAGAUGACCUAGACGAAUUUGCCCUCGACGGCUGUCUAAUAAUGGAGAUAAUGGGAUCAACACUUGCUCGCCCAGGCGCACUCUCCAAACCCUUCUACUCCUCCUCCAUGGGCCCCUCAAUCCUCAAACGCCUAGAAGAGAACUCCUGGGUCGGAUGUCCCGCCUACCUUCUCGAAGUGAUCUUCUUCAUCCAUUCCCUCUGGUAUCCCGACUCGGAAAUCGCCACAAAACCCCAACCACCAGGUCUCCCCACCCCAAUGCAACCAGGACAACCCCUAACGCUCGAAGCCUUCGCGAGCCUCCUCCAAGGCAUCCGAAACUUCGACCCAAUAACCUGGAGCCAGAACAUGCAAGACGUAUUCUUCAUUCCAGAUCUCACCUACCGUCUCGCACUGGCAACCUCAUAUCAAGACGCCGUCUACCUGUAUACCAGCCGUGUCUUGUCCCGAUCACGGGAAGGCUUCUCGCCACCUUGGACGGAUGUAGGCAUGCCAACAGAUCACAGACUCAUUACUACGAAUCUCAUUACGCAGAUUUGUCUCGUGCCUGCUUCGGAUCCUCACUUCAAGUGUCUCAUUUGGCCUACGUUUAUCGCAGGCGCGGAAUGUCUUCCUUCGCAGCGGGCUUUGAUUCUCGAUAAGCUUGGCUCGCUCUAUGAGUCGCUCACCAGUGCUAAUGUUCGUAAUGCUGCUUGGGUGCUGCGGCUCAUGUGGCAGAAGCAGGAUUUGAAACGUCGUGAUCGCCAUGAAGGACAGGGCUUUGGCGAGACUGUUGGUGAUAUUGAUGACGAUGAUCUCAUGUUCGACUGGAUUGAUGAGCUUGAUCAUUCGCGGCUCGACUGGCUAUUUAUCUAA